AUGUCACUCCGUGCUGUGUUCACCACUGGUCUUUUGUACGUCGGCUUGGCCGCGGCUCAGCAAACAUAUGCCAAGAAUCAGGUGGCUGUCGUAAAUGAUGACGAGGAAGCCGUCAAGAACUUUCCAAGUAUCGACGAUGUAAAGCUUGAGUCACCUGCUUUCACUGACCCUAAGAGCAUUCCUGCCGGGUUCAAAAACGGCACCAGUGGCCCGACUGAUGAUGCGACACUGGAAUACUUUCUCCAGAGCCUCGCGUCUCGCAAUGACUGGUUGACGUACAAGAAUCCCGCAUUCAAGUCCGACGAAGGACGCUCAAUCCCUUACGUCUACCUCACCACAUCUACCCAGCCCCAGGUCAAGGCCAAUGCAACCUCGACAGAAAAAUUACGAGUUUAUCUGCAAGGCGGAGUUCAUGGCAACGAACCUGGGGGAGAUCAAGCGCUUUUGGCUUUGCUGGGCAAAUUCGAUACAAACUCUACUUGGACAGCUUCAAUUUUGGAAAAGAUGGACAUCAUGAUUCUUCCUCGUUACAACCCCGAUGGUGUCGCGUACUUUCAGCGAGUCCUCGCCACUGGAUACGAUCCCAACAGAGAUCACAUUCGAUUUGCUAGCCAACAGACCCGUGAUGUCAAGGCCUUGAUCACUGAUUUCCACCCUCACAUUGCUGUUGACGCUCACGAGUUCGGCGCGACCAGACCUUUCGGCGACAACAAGCAAUGGCACCAAGCUGUAGACGGUCAAUUUGACGCUAUGAAGAACCUCAACAUCCACAAGGAUAUCCGCGAGUACUCCGAAUCUGUCUUUGCACCGCAAAUCGCCGGCGCAAUGGAGAAGCGCAAGCUGCGUUGGAGCCCUUACAUUGUUGGUAGCGCUGCAGAGCCCUUGGUCUUUACUCAGCUCGACACCCAGGCUCGUGCAGGCGAUGUCUCGUUGGCUCUCACCCAGGCCAUGGUGUUCCUUACCGAGACUAGAGGUAUCAUGCUGGGCGGUCAGAACUUCCAGCGACGUGUCGUAUCGGGAUUGACCAUGAUUGAAGCCAUUGUCCAAACAGCCGCUGACAAUGCUGAGGAGGUGUACGAGGUGAUAGAGGGAGCCCGUCGCAAGGUCAUUGAGGGUGACGAUGACAUUGUCAUCAACGACAGCUACACACCUGAGAACCGAACCUGGGACAUGAUCGAGGUCGAGACGGGAAAACUAGUCAAGGUCCCCAUCGAGUUCCUCAGCUCAACGCCUGUCAAGGCCAACCUGACACGCAGCCGUCCCGAAGCCUACGUCUUCCCCCAAGCAUGGAAAGAAGCCGCCGACCGUCUCCGCCUCGUCGGUGUCAAGGUCGAUCAGCUCCGCUCCGAGUUCAAGGGUGAAGUUGAAGCACUCAACGUGACCAGCAUCACCUUGGGCGCUAGCGUCUACCAUGGAACAGUUCUCAACACUGUUACCACUGAGACCAAGCGCAAGGAGAUUACCAUGCCUGCGGGUAGCUACUGGGUUUCUGCCAGACAAGCUGCUGCGGCCUACAUCAAAAGCCUCGAGGAUCGAGUCGCUGAACUUGAACUCGCCUUGCAGGGCCAUGGAUUGGACACCGAAUCUCUCGCCGGGAGUCGCAUCUCUCAAGAUGUUGCUGAAGCCACCCCCGAGCCCCGACAGUCAACCGAUCUGAACUUGCUGAGUCUUUUCAUACCAGAAUCAAGCGAUGUACAAGACAAAGGAACUUCUGGUUACCAUGCUCUUCUCGGUGCCAUCACCGUGCCAGAAAGGACCAAGUUCCCUCCCAAGUCUACCACUUUUCAACUUGCGGCUACCUACUUCGAACACUCAAACUUCUUUUCACCCAUUCUUUGUCAAGAAUCAUUCCACGAAAUAAUCACCGUCUUGUAUCAAGAUCUACCGAAUGUCGAUCAAGGCAGCAAACCAGUCCAGAAAUUCCAACUCUGCAUGGUGCUAGCCAUCGCCAUCAGGCUUCUCAACCGCAUCGACUCUGCUGUCCCGACAACAGCAUCAGACUCAUUUUUUGCCUCUGCUAUUGGAAUCCUGACAGAGCGACCGCAGGCUACCUGGAAAGGCAACCUCCAACAUCUACAAAACCUCCUUCUCAUCGUUCAGUAUACAAUAUUCGCAUCCAAUCUCUCGGCAGCAUGGCACUUUAUUGGUCUGGCAACGCGUCUUGCUAUCGACCUUGAUCUACUGAACGAGACUCGUCUUGCGGGCGGCAAUAACGAAGAAGCCAUCUUGGAUGCCGAGACCAACAAGAGACGGCGUGUAUUCUGGUCAACUUACAUCCUCGAAACCAACCUCUGUGUUGUCCUCAAUCGUCCCCGGUCAAUACCUGACGAGGCAGUCUUCACACCCUUGCCCUCAACAAGUGGCCCGGAAUCCUGCAGCCCCCUGGCAAACCAUUGCAUUCAAUUCCGCCAGCUGGAAUAUGAGAUAUAUCACACCCUCAACUACAAGCCCCCAGCAAAUGGUGCCUUUUUCGACUACAAAGUUUGGAAGGUGGGAAUGAAGGAUCGACUUGUUGAGUGGCACGCUACAGUCCCCCCAGUUGAUACAAGAUCAAAGCUGGCACCUCAGAACUUCUUCGAUGGCGCUCUGUACAUGACACUUGUAUCGCUCUUCUCGCCAUCGCGCCACUUUCCAGAUCUUUCGGAACCCGAACUGCGGGAUUUGGCCCGGUACGCGUCGACGAGUAUAGAACUCUAUCGGGAGGGGUUCAAAGAGGGGAAGCUGAGAUUCUACUGGCGAACAACACCAAACCUCUUCCAGUCUGGUGCAGCAUUGGUUCACUGCAUCAAGAGUCUCACGUUACAGGGGUCGGUAUUCGAGAUUGAUGCCCUCAAAAGGAGUGUUUCUGUGUGCUCGACUGUUCUCUGGGGUAUGGCAGAACGAUACUCCCCUGGGACGGUGUACCGUGACCGAUUCGACGAGUUAUCGGCGUCCAUGUCGGAUGUCGCGACUGAUCUUUCGUUUGAGAUUCCGGACGAUUUUCCUUUUGGACAGUUCUCGAUACCACCAUUGGAUUUGAAUGGAACAGCGGGUAUAUGGACAUCAACACCUCCGACUCUGGAUCCAUGGAUAUUUGACCCAACUUAG